AUGUCGUAAAGGGCUAAAAGGCGAGGAAUAGACGUCCCCUACAACCAGGUUCUGCACAAAUUUCGGAAUUAUGCCUCGUCUAAAACUUUAUUACACUGUCAUUCUUAGCAUCUUUUUAACCCUGUGCAGUACAUCGACAACCAAAAAUGGAACAAAUGAAAGCAAGAGGUCAACAAACCCUUCAAACUCCCUCAUCACGGAAGACGAUAUUGCGCUCCUCAAAAAGGGUAACGAUAGAUUAAAGGAUAAAGUGGAUGAACUGAGCAGCAGAAUCAGGUCUGUGGAGGAUCGGGUGAGCAGCAAUAGGAACCCGGUAUGUAAGUUUGUGGAAAAAUCGUCAUCUUUGCGCAACAAAUGA